AGCAGGAAGCAAAACUUAGCAGUAACGCUUAAGUCGCCUCUCUCUCUCUCUUUUGCAAAGCCCAAGGAAUCUUUAUUCAUUGACGUACAGCUACAAAGAAAUGGCCUUCACCAGUCUUGCUACAGCAGUCUGCCUCUUGAUGGUCUUCAAUGGCUGCCUUGCCAGUUGGUGGUCACUUGGUGUAUACAAUGAUUUAAGCGAACGUGUUGUUGAUUCAACUCCUUGCGAAAGUCUUACCAAUAUACUCAACUCCUCCCAGCAAACAUUCUGCAAUUACAACAGGAAGAUUGUCAACUCCAUUGCUAUUGGUACCAGACGUGGUAUCGUUGCCUGCCAGCAGAACUUUGCGAACUGGAGAUGGAACUGCACUACUUUCACUGGGGAGAAUCUUUUCGGAGCUUUUGUGAAAAAUAAUACUAGAGAGACAGCAGUAAUUAAUGCUCUUCUGACUGCUGGAGCUGAGAGACAGAUUGCUCUCGAUUGCAGAGAUGAGAAGCUUCCAAACUGCACCUGUCAGAUCAAUGGCGACAAUGGAGUCGUCAAUAGUACUUUUUUCCUUUACGAAUGUUCCUUUGAUAUCGCUAAAGCUCAUGAUAUCAUGUCAAAGUUUCUCGAGACCCCAAGCAAUGACGAUACUGCAAUAAUAGCUGAGCAUAAUCACAACGUAGGAUCAAAUCUUGUUGGCCAGAGGUACAGAAAGUGUCGUUGUACCGGUUUUUCUGGCUCCUGUUCUGUCCAGACCUGCUACUUUGCUUCCCCAGAUAUUGAUACCAUCGGCCAAAGAGUCCGCGAGAAGUACGGAUCUUCUGUUGAAGUAACCGUAAAUGCCAGCAACAGUGCCUUGCAACCAGUCGUCCAGACAAUCAACAACCACGACAACGAACUGGUCUACUUGAAACGUUCCCCGACAUUCUGCAAUCAAGACACAACGUAUGGGAUCCUGGGCACUGUUGGUCGGCAGUGUAGCAAUAAUCUCAGUGAUCCGGACUCCUGCGAUAUUAUAUGCUGUGGGCGUGGUCAUAUAACCGUGACUGCGACACAGCCGAAGCAGUGCUGUUCGUUUAUCUACUGUUGUCGCAUCGAGUGCCAGGAUUGCGGAGAAGAAACUUUCACUGAGUACUUUUGCAAAUGAGAGAAGAGGAAGAGUCUAUUCACAAGAACAUGGCAAUCUCUAUAUCUCUCCCACUCUCUCUUUCAUGCACUUCCAUUAACUAUGUACAUAAUCAUUAUUAUGAUGAUAAUAAGGUUUUCCUCUGUUCUUCUGUUGCUUUUUUGUUUCGUUAACUGACUUGAGUGCUCUUUAUUUACCCCACAGGGCACGUUUUAUUUUUCGUCUCAUUAACUAUUCUUCAUCACUUUACUAAUUAUUUUAAAAUAAAUAAAA